AGAUUUUGUGGGACAUUUUGUGAGCACAGAUUUUGCAACUCUGGACGCACAGGUGGGUGGUGCUUGUCAAGCCUCCGGUUGCUUCGUUGCACAGCUCGACUCAGAUCGACAUCGCACUGGCGGUAUACGUCGCGAUCCUCACUCGGAUCUCGAGAUUGAAUAAACGUGGAGGUCUUUGAAUACCGCAGCUGGUUUCUCCGAUGGACCGACGCAUAUCACUGAUGUUCAUGCGAGGGCGGAUCGCAUACUCUGUCGCUCGCUCGCUCGUCCUCGUGCCAUCCCUGUUUGCAAGCUUUGGAUGCACGAGAGCAUUCGCGUCAAAUUUGUGACUGCAUCUCUAGAAAAUCAUGAAAUUGCUAGAUGCUGUUCCAUUACACCACCAGCUGUCUGGUCUACGAAUGAACCCAUGUCCGUCACCACCAAGAGUCGUUCUAAAAUUCCCAAAGUUGCCCUGUCCUGCUCACCGAAAAUCAUCGAACUCGUCCGCACUAUCGAUCAGCUCGAGCUUUGCCGUAGACGCGCUUCUCAACCCAGAAACACGAGACGAUACGAUAAUGGCUUCGAUCCAAAAUCGGAAUGGCACGUACUAGUCGUGGAUCGGGCUGGAUACAGUAUCCUUCGCUUUCACACAGCACAGCGUUCGGGCCUUUUCGGGGCACUGAGUUGCUCGGCGAACAGCGUAAAUCAGGCCAUCCAGACCACGGUCGUCGUGGUCGUCGUGACCACCACGGUAACACGGUAG